CCGUCCCAACCCCCAGCUCUCUCCAACCCCGGAUUCCGGGCCCCCCGUUCCCCGGAACGCCCGGUCCUGGGGUCCUCGGGUCCUCGGCCCCCCCCCCACGACCACCGUGAGCCCCAUGGAGGAGUGAAGACCCGGCCCGGGCCGAGGACAUGGGCCCACCGGGCCCGCCCGGCCUGCUGGUGCUGUUGGGCCUGGUGCUGCUGCUGGCGGGGCCUGGCCUGGGGCUCCCCCGGUCUGGGGCUCAGGUGCUGGAGACCGGCCUGAAGUGCCCCAAAGGGAAGUACCCCUCAGGUAACAACACCUUCUGCUGCACCAAGUGUCACAAAGGGACGUACCUGGUGGCCAAGUGUCCCGAGCCCGGCCGGGAGUCCAACUGCCAGGACUGUGCCCCGGGGACCUAUACUGCCAUCGAGAACUUCUCUAAUAACUGCCUCAGCUGCCAGCGGUGCCGCAGUGAGCUGGGGCAGGUGGAGAAGUUGCCAUGUACGCCUGAGAGGAACACGGAGUGUGGCUGCCGGGAGAACCAGUACCGCCUGGGCAGGGACCACACCUUCCGCUGCCGUAACUGCAGCCUCUGCCUCAAUGGCACCAUCCUCCACUCGUGUGUGGAGAACCGGGAUGCCGUGUGUCGCUGCAACCCAAGUUUCUUCCUGAAGGAAAACAAGUGUUUCCCCUGCCACCACUGUGAGGAUGACCCUGACUGCAAGAUGUUCUGCCCCGAUAGCCCUUCGUCCGUCCAACGGCCGGAGCCAGACAAUAGUGCCGUGCUCCUGCCCUUGGUGAUCUUCCUGAGCCUGUGCUGUUUCUUCCUCGUCUUCAUCGGCCUUGCCUGGCACUUUCAGCCCCUCAAGUCCAAGCUGACCUAUCUGGCUGUGAAGAGAAUGCCGCCAACCCCAAGAGAGCCGACCGGAGUGCAGAUCGUGAGCACACCUCUGUCCCUGAGCCCCACCUCCGCCCCCGCCCGCUCCCCCAGCGACUGGCCACCCGAGCAAGUGGGCAGCCCACCGUGGAGCAUCGAGGAAGUCCCUUUCCACCAGGGGACGGUCCACCCUCCUGCCUCCGCUGCCGCCCUCACUCCUGCCCUUGUCCAGGCUUUGCCCAACUGCCUCAACGCCCUCCGCCCGGACAACCCAGCGAUGCUGUACGCGGUGGUGGACGGCGUCCCGCCCUCGCGCUGGAAGGAGUUCAUGCGGCGGCUGGGCCUGACGGAGCACGAGAUCGAGCGUCUCGAGCUGCAGAACGGCCGCUGCCUACGCGAGGCUCACUACAGCAUGCUGACGACCUGGCGCCAGCGCGCGCCCCGCAACCAGGCCACGCUGGAGCUGCUCGGGCGCACGCUUACCGAAAUGGACCUGCGUGGCUGCCUGGAGGACAUCCACGAGACCCUGGCCCGAGGCCACACUCCCUAUGUCCCGCUGUCCCUGCCCCCGCGGUGAGGCCUGGCUCCUCGUCAUGACGACCUCCCAGCCCGCGUGGCCCUUCCCCCCAACCUCACCCGGGGUCACGUGUAGCUCCUGCGGGGUUAGGGGCCAGCGCCGGGCCGAGGCCGUGAACCGGAGGCCGGACGCCGUGACGUCAUGCACGGGGGUUGGGGGGACAGUGUCGGGAUUGGUGAGAGAGCCCCUCCCUCCCCCAUCUGGAUGUGUGUGUGUGAGUGGGGAGGGGGCGUUUGGGCCACCAUUGAACUUCUGCCCAUCCUCCCGCCUGUCUGCCCCUCCGCACUGUGGGCCUGGUCCGGCCCUGCAACUCUUUGUACACUACCUGGGACGGGCUCCUCUCCGGCUCUCCCGCCUGGGACCUCAACUGUAAAUACACUAAACUCUCAGAUUAAAGCUCAGACUAUUGGA